UUUUGCAUAAUGUCGCACCAAUUUUAAAUAAUAUGAUAGAUACCAGGCAAAUGAAAUCUGACAUAAAACACCAGCCAAAUCUUUCUACUACGGAUUUUACUCCGAGAUCAUAUCAAUUGGAAUUGUUAUCCAAGUCUAAAAAGAAAAACACUAUAGCAUUUUUAAAUACGGGAACUGGCAAAACCUACAUAGCAAUACUCCUGAUUAAAGAAAAGUCAAAAGAUAUUAGGAUUAAAUGGGAAGAAGGUGGAAAGAGGACAUUUUUUAUUGUCAAUUCUGUACCUUUGGUUUAUCAACAAGGAAAUUAUGUAAGAGAACAUACAGAUCUUAAAGUUGGCCAGUUUACUGGCUCAAUGUCAGUUGAUUUUUGGAAAGAAGAUCAAUGGGAAUCACAAUUUAGAAAAUAUGAAGUAUUGGUCAUGACAGCUCAAAUAUUUCUAAAUAUAUUAAACCAUGGCUUCUUAAAGUUAUCAAAAGUAAAUUUGAUUGUAUUUGAUGAAUGCCAUCAUGCUAUAAAAAAUCAUCCUUAUAAAAAAAUUAUGGAAUUGGUGAUGGAUGAAACAUUCUGUGAAUCAAAUCAUAGGCCCCAUAUCCUUGGGUUAACUGCCAGUGUCAUUAAUAAUAAAUGCCAUUAUACAAAAGUUGGUGAAAAUGUAAAACAUUUAGAACUAGUCAUGAAUAGUAGUGUUGAAACAUCACUAAAUUAUGAAGACAUAUAUAAAUAUAGCACUAAACCAAAAGAAAUGAUAUAUAUAUUUGAAUUGAAGGCUCAUCCUUUUCAUCAAUGGUUGGAUAAAUAUGUUAUUUCAUUAUUGAAUUCUAGUAUCAAAACACUAGUAUUUUAUGGCUUGAAGGAUAAUCUUGGCAAAGAAUUUGCUGCCGAUGAUAAAGAGGAGCAUAGGAACAGAUUGUGCAUUCACAUUACUAUACUCAAACAAUUGAUUAAUAUAGCAUUAUUGUAUGGCCCCUGGUGUGCAUUAAUGGCUUCCAAAAUUCUAGCUAAGGAUCUCCAUAAAAUGCAAGCUAGAUGCGAAGAGUUGGAUAUCAAGGACGCUUUUUCUUACAUAGCCUCCAUAGUCAACAAUAUAAUUAUAAAACUAAACCAUAUAACUAAUGAUACGCUAUCUAUGAAAGAACUUCUUUUAUUGAGCACCUCUAAAUUGCAAACUUUGGUUAAAAUACUUGAACUUCAUGCCUGUGACGAUGCAGACGAAAAAAAUAAUAAAACAGAAAAUAAAACUAAAGAAAAGAAAAACAACUUUACGGCCAUAAUAUUUGUCGAAACCCGGUUCACUGCUAUAAUACUCAAUUUGUUUCUCAACACCGUCGCUAAACUUAGUCACAAACUAUCCUUUAUCAAAUCAGGUUACAUAAUAGGUCACGGAAUGCAAAGCCAGAAGAAAAUGUGCGAGGCUGCUUUUAUGUUACACAAAUCCCAACAAGAUGUGCUCACAAAGUUUAGACGUGGUGAAUUAAAUAUACUUAUAGGAACCAAAGUCAUCGAAGAAGGCAUCGAUAUACCCAAGUGUAACUUGGUAAUUCGUUUCGAUUUACCCCAAAAUUUUCGUUCCUACGUUCAAUCCAAGGGCAGAGCUCGUGCUGAGAAUUCCCAUUUUUUGCUCAUGGUUGCUGACGCUUUUAGAAAAACUCUUUUUGCAGAUUUGCGGGAUUAUUCUAAAAUCGAAACUUCUCUCUCGAAAAAUUGCAACAACAGAAGUGGUCCAGCUGAGGAGGAAAGCAUUAAAUUUCAUAAAUUAGACGAAUUGCUCCCCCCUUAUCAACCAGAGUUUGGGGAAGGAAAACCAAGAGUUACCAUGACUUCAGCAAUCGCCCUUGUCAACUGGUAUUGCUCCAGACUUCCUAGUGAUGCUUUCACCAAAUUUCACCCUCAUUGCAAAACCAGGAAGAUCGAGAUUCAAAUGAAACCUAGCACUUCCUCUCAACCCAAAGAUGAAAAAUCUGAAAGCAUCCUACAAAAACCCAUGCCUACAAUUUAUAAAUAUCAAACGACCUUGAAGCUUCCCAUAAAUUCUGUCCUUAAGAUGCCUAUCAUGGGCCAAGCAAUGGACUGCGUUAAAACGGCCCAAAUGGCAACCGCUCUCAAAUGCUGCGAAAUGCUUCACCAAGCUGGCGAAUUAGACGACCACCUUUUGCCUCUUACCAAAGAAAGUUACGUAAUCGAAAGGGAAGAGUUGGCGGAAACUGUCCCUGACGGGACACCAUUACCUGGAUCCACAAAACGAAAGCAACUAUACUUUAAAAAGAUUGCUCAAAGCUUAAAAUCGGCUAUCCCUGUUGCUCAACAAAAAUGUUAUCUCUACGCCAUGGACAUGCAUUUGAAUGUUCCCACACCCAAAAUUCUCAAUACACACAAAAGAAGGCUCUAUCAUCCAGAAAAUUAUCCAAAAACACUGGCUAUACUUACACGUAACCCGAUACCAUUGAUUCCAGUAUUCCCAUUAUACACUCGGGCAGGAGAAAUAGUUAUCACAAAAAGGCUAAUUAGUGACGAUGUAAUUUUAGAAGAAUCACAGUUGACCAAAUUAAUAAAUUUCCACGAAUAUAUCUUCCAUAAAGUGCUGAGAAUAACUACCAAAAAUAUUAUAUUUGAUAUGGUGUCGGCUCCUUACAAUAUUCUUAUAACAAUUAUCGAUGAAUCUGAUCAAGAAAUGGAAAAAUAUAAUUGGAUCGAUUUUAAUUAUAUGGAUUAUGUGUUCGCCAAAGAUAGCGAAUCAGUUGUUGAUUUAAAAGACUCUAACCGGCCUCCAUUCGAAUUUAAUAAAAAGGAUUUUAUGGAUUCAGUGGUUACCCCAAUAUACAGGCAUUUUGAUCGACCAAUGUAUUUUUUUGUCGCUGAAAUACUCACGAGCAUGACCCCUCUCAGUCCUUUUCCGAAUAAUGCUAAUUAUGCGACUUCCAAUCUUUCUAAAUCCCAACCUCAAAUCUCAGAAAAUACUAUAGGUGAAGAUGUCACUAAUAGCAUGAACAAAGUUCUGGAAAACGUGACCACAAAAAUGGAUUCAAAAAUUCAAACAGAUGUAGCAAACAAGAUGGAACUCGAAAAUAUUGAUAAUCAAGCUAUAAAAGAAUCCAAUACUAUCACUCACGAAACUUUUGAAAGUUACUAUAAAACCAAAUACGGAAUUUGUUUAACCAACAAAACUCAGAACCUUUUAGAUGUCGAUCAUACCGUGGGGCGCCUCAACUUACUCACCCCAAGAUUUAUGACAAAACAAGGCACAUUACUUCCCACAUCUUCUACCUCUCAUGACUCUGUGAAAGCUACCAAACGUAAGGAAAUGACCGUGGCCCGUAGGGAACAAAUGUUAGUGCCUGAACUUUGUAGGAUACAUCCUUUCUCUUCACCACUCUGGCACAAAACUGUUUGCUUGCCGGCUUUGCUUCACCGACUCAAUUAUUUGUUAGUGUGUGAUGAGCUUAGAAUUGCUCUGGCUCAGGAAGCUGGGCUCGGCCCUGAACAGCUUGAUAACCAGAAUGGUGAUAACUUCCCAUCCCUUGAUUUUGGUUGGGGAACCCUUUGCAACGAAAAGGUGAUGAUGGAAGAGGAUUAUAGAGGACCUGAAAUCGAUAGGAUUGAACCUUUGCUUUACAAGAUAGUUCCUGCGAUUAAUCGAAGGGUCAAAAUGAAUGGAAGCACAGGUGACAAGGAAAGGCCUCGAAUUGAAAAGAUAGAGCCGUUGCUUUACAAAAUAACGACUAAGAUUCCUGACAAAAAUAACGAGACUACGAUAGAUAAAGGAAUUGGUUAUAAUGAUAGCUCUGUUAAUUUGCACUAUAUAGCAGGCGAUUCUAAUAAUGUGAAAGGAGAUGAUACUAUUAUAUCUAAACUAGAUAACAAGGGUGAUGGAAACGAAGUUACCAAUGUUGUCUCUGACAAAGUUGAAAUUUGCUUUAAUGGACAUAUGGAAUCAGAACAACCUCAAAAUGAUUUAAUAGAUGAAAUGACUGAAAUCUCUGCUGGACUAACAGACCCGAAUAGUAAUAAACCUUCCAACCAGAAGGAGACAGAAAACAAAAUUGGGGUCAAGUUAGGAGAAGCUAACAUUGUAUGUGUGCGUCCACUACAUUAUAAAAUAGAGAAAAUUGAUGGCCGGGAUCGAUCCGUUGAUUACUCUAUACUAGACGAGUGGUUUGAUAAUGCGAAGGAUGAACUAGAGGGAGGAAAGGAAGGAUGGAGAAUUAGGAAUCUGAGCACGGAAUCGAAUAAACAAGUUGGGAAAAAUUUUGGGGAAAGAGUUUUGGAAAAUGAAUUUAUAACGUUAGACAUUAGUCCUAAUUCGAAAAAAUUGAAUUCCCUUGAUAAAAAGUCUAAACAAACGUCCGUUAACAGCGAUAUUUUUGGGAACAUUGAUCCCUUUAAUAGUAUGACGGAAUGGAGUUUAUCAGAAGUUCAAGUUACGACCACGAAUAAAUUAUACGCACUCAAUGAUGGCAAAGAUGCCAAUCUUAUUGUGAAUCCAUUUUCUCCACAUUACCAGUACGAAGAUAAAAUUUACGAUGCUGUUAGUAAACCAUCAGAGGUGAAUACCUUAAGUCAUGAAGUCGAAAAUGACCUGAGUUCUGCUGGCCUAUAUAGCAUGUCGGAUUUUGAAGGAAUUAGUUACAAAGCUUUGCUUGAAGACGAUGGAGAUUAUUCUAUGCAAAAUGGUGGCAAUGAGGAAGACAAGAAAUCGGAUAUCUCGUUUGACGAAGAAAAAACUUGCGGAUCAAAACCAUCACUUUUCGCUAGUUUUGACGAAAGUUCAGACUCUCUACUCUCGGAUGAAUGCUACUUUUCCGCUAACCCCUCGUCCCCUUCCCGUCAGGAUAACAGUGAAAAUAGUAAUUUGUCUACUGAUAUUAACAAAAACUCUACCGGAGAAACAAGGUUGGAUACAGUUGUUCAUAUGGAUAUUGAAACGAAAGCGCUUGUUAAUAUGGAUGAAGCUUUCAUUAAAGAAAAAAUUCGUAAACUGAAAGCUCUGGAAGUUAUCGAUGCAACUCGAUCAAAACAGCUGGAUGAUAAAGAAAAAAGUGCGAAUGACGAAAUAUCUUUCCUGCCCGCUUUUCUAAGCUCAAUGAUCUCCAAAAAUGACUUAUCAAUUCAUUACAUUAUUGACAAGCAGCAAACUACCACCGUUGAUUUAAAUGUCGGUACCGACGAUUAUUCUCAGAAGAAAUCGAAUUUACUUAAAUUUAAUGAUAUAUAUGCCAAAAGUCGUAAAAAGCAUAAACCCUACACAGAUUUGGACGGUCCCAGUAAAGAUAAAGCUUCAAAUGAUUUAAAAAUGGGAGAUUUGGAAGCGCGCCAAGAUCUAGAAACAGAUAUAAUGUUAGAGGAGUUAAUAAGUGGUAACGACCAAGAAACCUACCUUAAAAAGGUUGAUAGGGAACCUUUACCUUUUACCGAAAGAGAUCCCCGUCAUGCCGUGUUUACUCUCAAUAUGAAAGGAGGUUUUAACAUCAUCCCUAGAUGCCCGGAUCUAUGUCUUUUAUUAAGGGCCAUAACUAUGUCUACCUCAAACGAUGCUCUAGAUUUGGAAAGACUAGAAUUGAUCGGCGAUUCUUUUCUUAAAAUGGCGGUUACAGUUUACCUAUUCUGUUCAGAGCCCACUUGUCACGAGGGAAAAUUAUCAUACAAACGCAGUAAACAAGUGAGCAAUUUCAAACUUUAUCACUUGGGAAAGAUUAGAGGCGUGGGAGAAAUGCUUAUAUCAGCCAAAUUUGAACCUCUCGAAAAUUGGUUAGCUCCCGGUUACAAACUUGCUAGUCAACAAGUCAAAUGCGAUGAAAAUGUAUUAAAUACUGGGCUAUCAAAGGAUGCUCACCCUACACCUGAAAAAAAGGAUUGGAAAUUUGACCCCUCUAAAACUUGCCCGGAGAUAACCGACGUGAUUCCUUAUGACAUGAGAACAGAACAAAUGAUACCUGAUAAAUGCCUGGCCGAUUGCGUUGAAUCUUUGAUUGGGGCAUACCUUAUAUCUUGUGGAGCCAGAGCGGCUCUCGACUUUAUGAAAUGGCUGGGUAUCCAAAUACUUUGUUCUAGUAGUAAUGAUGAAGAGAAACUGGAAGAGUCGAAAAGCAGUGUGAUUUGCGAGAAUGAUGAAGAUAUUGAUAAGAUAUGGGCCAAUGUAACGGAUCAUUUACCUCCAUCACCUUUAAUAAUUUCCACUCCUAAUUAUAACCUUAAAAUAGCCAAAAUCUUCUCAAAUUUGGAACGUUUUGAAGAUGUCAUAAAUUACAAAUUCAACGACCCUGCUUAUCUUAUUCAAGCGCUAACACAUUCAUCCUAUGGCCUUCAUAGGCUAACCGACUGUUAUCAGAGGCUUGAAUUUCUAGGUGACGCUUUACUAGACUACCUCAUAACCCGUCAUCUUUACAAUCUUUCCGACCGAUUCACGCCCGGCCAGAUGACCGAUUUGAGGUCCGCUCUAGUCAAUAACAUUAUAUUUGCCUCGCUCGCUGUGAAAUUCGGGUUUCACAAGUUUUUAUUGCAAUGUUCUCCCAAAUUGUUCGGGGCUAUAGAUAGAUUCGUCAAGGUCCAAAGGGAAAAGAAGUUCGGGAAGGAUACUUUUAAUAUGGGAGAUAACCUCCUAAUAUGGUGUAAUCCUGAUAAUCAACACACUCAUAGCCCUCACUAUGUCAACUCCCCCUACCAGGAGGGUAAAGAUAAAAACGCUCUUAAUCAAAAGGGAGAAAGUGUGGCCACCGUUCAAGAUAUAGAAGUUCCAAAGGUGUUGGGUGAUAUAUUUGAAUCCGUUGCCGGCGCCAUAUUUAUGGAUAGUGGAAUGAGUCUUAAGACCUUGUGGAGAGUCUAUUCUGCCAUGAUGAGAGAUGAGAUUGAAUAUUAUACAAAAAAUUUGCCGAUAUCACCUAUUAGAGAAUUGUUAGAAUCCGAGCCAGAUAGAAUCAAAUUCAUGAAACCUAUGAAAUUGGUCAGUGGACAAGUAAAAGUGACAGUUGAAGUUUUUGGCAAAGGACGCUGGAGUGGGGUUGGAAGCAACUGUAAGAUUGCCAAAUGCACUGCAGCUAAAACAGCUCUGCAUUUUUUGAAAAUCAAGGCUACUUCAGGAAAGAAAUAAAGAAUAAUACUCUCAAUUUCAAUUUAUACCCGUUGUUUGUAACAAAAGUCAUA